AUGGUUGGCAUGUCACUCUGCCAUCAAUAAAAUAAGUUGGUAGAUUGAAUAAGUCAAUUGGUUGACUUUGUUAAAUGAACAAUUAUGGCUAUAUAGAUUGACAUCAGUAUCCCAACUCCAUUCCUUCUCUUUCCGUUACUAACAUGGCUGAAAAAUUUGUCUUUGAUAUUGCUGAAUCGCUGCUAAAGAAGCUUACUUCUUAUGCUUAUCAAGAGGUUUCCCGGGCCUAUGGUGUGUAUGAAGAUUUGCAACGGAUCAAAGACACGCUAACUAUUGUCAAAUGUCUGCUGUUGGAUGCUGAGGAGAAGAAGAACCAGCAGUAUGCGUUGCAUGAAUGGCAGAGGCAAAUUCAAUAUAUUUGCUCUGAUGCUGAAUAUGUAUUGGAGGAAUUUGAGUUGCAGGACAAGCGAAAGCAAGUUGUCAAGGCUUCCAGAAGCACCAGCAUGAAGAUACAAACGUUGAGGAUGAGAAAUCUACAUCUUGAGAAUUUUCUUGAGCUACUCACAUUUCCUAGAUGGAUUGAAGACACCACAGACACUUUAGAAACCUUGAUAGUUGUUAAUUGUCCCAAUCUCAAGAAUCUUCCUAAAUGUCUAAUAACCAUGUCGCGUCUUAAGAGACUCUAUAUUCGUGAAUGUCCUCUUCUUAGGAGGAUUCUGCUUCCAAGUGACAUGCAUCACCUUACUGCCCUUGAAGAUUUGCAGAUAUAUGAUUGUCCUGAAUUGUACAAAAAUUAUCAGCCGCAAUGUGGUAAGUAUUGGCCCAUGAUUGCUCACAUCAAAAGCGUUUCCAUUGAAGAACCAAGUGGGGAAGAGGAGUAAUGAGGUCAUCGACCUUGAACUUGAAGGAAAAUAUAUUGUUUUGUAUCAAAUAAAAGUAUUCAAACGUGUUAGAUAAUAUGCUUUAAUGUUCUAUUCAUUUUCUCUAUUUUAAGGGUAAAUUAGUCCUUUCAAUUGUUGUAUUUAUGUUUGCUUGUCUUUUUGAUGAGUCUAUAAAUGCUUACCUUUCUCUGUAAGUAGUUGUGGCUGAUGCAAUAAAACCUUAGUAACCUUUGUUGGUUGUCACUUUU